AUGGGAGACCUGGAGUGUGGCUAUGAGGAAAUGCAAGGAGUCAAACUGGGAUACCUGCUCAUCAAAGGCAAGCAAAUGUUCGCUUUGUCCCAGGUCUUCACGGACCUGCUGAAGAACAUCCCCCGGACCACGGUGCACAAGCGCAUGGAUCACCUGAAGGUGAAGAAGCACCACUGCGACCUGGAGGAGCUGCGGAAGCUCAAAGCAAUAAACUCUAUCGCGUUCCACGCUGCUAAGUGCACGCUCAUAUCACGGGAGGAUGUGGAGGCUCUCUACUUCUCCUGCAAGACGGAGCGGGUGUUGAAGUCCUCCAAAAGGAAAGCGAAAGCGCUGUGCUCCUCCGGGGAUGAGGACGCGUCCCUGGGGCUCCUGCGCGCGGACGUGGAACUGUGGAACGAAAAAGUUUGGUUCAGUUUGCACGGCGUGCCGGAGGCUGUCACGCGCCAGCACGGCAAAACGGACAGGAGGAGAGAGCUGUCUCCUUGCCUUACCGACUCCAAACUACCUCAAUUUUACCACAAAGCCCACGGGCGGGAUCACCGUCCGGUGACUAAAUUCAGUCACAAACACUUUAAAAACUAUGAAACCGAGCCGGUCGCGGGGAACCGCGUCGCUCUGAGCCAAAGGCACUCCUUUUUCCGGAGCCGGCAGCCGCUGCUGUUCGAGUCCGCCAUGGCAGCUCAGUCCAGGCUCUCGCGCUCAGCCGGCGACCUACUUCACAAAAGGAAGAGGAGGCGCGAGGGGGGCGGCGGCGGCAGGGACGGCGCGAGACACUCGUGGGGCCGGGGCAGACACCAGCAGCACGCGCCCCCGGUGCUGCUGCUCCAGCCCAAGUCGCCCGGCGUCCACGGGACGUCUUUCGGGGCUUUCCCCCUCGCGCCGGACUUCUGCCUCGACCCGCGACCCCUCCACCACCACCACCAGCACCACCACCAUCACCACCACCACCACCACCACGUGCCCAGCUUCCCGGAGAACUACAGCAGCGACACCGAGUGCAGCACCUGCCCGGACUCGGACUUCGGCUCCGGCUUCUCCACCAGCAGCAACUCCGGGAGCUCCGAGGAGGAGGAGGAGGAGGAGGAGGAGGAAGGCGAGGAUGAAGAUGACACGCCGUCCGACAGCUCGGAGGUCAGCUCUGAGGAGGAGGAGGAGGAAGAGGAGGAGGAGAGCUCUUCCCAGUCCGACUCCAGCUCGGUGUCCAGCCGCGUUUCGGUCCAGAGCAUCCGGUUCCGACGGGCCCGCGUGGGGUCGCUCGCCAAAACUUUCGGCUCCAGACCCCCCCUGCUGCUGCAGCCCACCUUCCACUACAGCCACGACGAGCCGGACAAACAGCUCAGGGAACUGGGGGGCGUCGACACCUCGCAAACGGGGGGCGACCGGCAGGGAAAACGUCCCAAAUGUGACUUCGGACGCAGCGAAACGCGCGUGGACUUCAGAACCUCACGCCCCCCCAGCCUAAAGCCCGCCGCCGGGGGGGAGACUCUCUUCAUCGAGCAGGCCAGGGGAAAGGCGCGCGGGGCCGAUCCGAGCUGGACUGACCCUCCGGAUGAGGUGACCCCUCACUCGCCGGGACGCGGCCCGCGCGAGGCCUCUCACCCGUCCCGCGGGGCCGCCGGACACUCGGCCAGAUGCCCCCCCGGUCCGAGCGCGCAGCGCGAGCCCGACCAGCUUCAGAAAUGCUCGGACAGAAAGGAAACGAAAGGCACCUGCACCUCCAAACUGCCCACAACCGCGUCCAAAAAAAUCAAGAGCGAGCUGGAUGAGCCCCCUGUGACCGCGACCCCCCAGCCGGACGGCCGGACGCCCCCUUUCAGCCUUUACAAUGUGAAAGUUAAAGUGGAGGAGAGCUGUGAUGAAUAUGAAUACCAGAGCCAGGCCACUGCGGUCAGAUGUAAAGGGGACGGGACGGAGAGCUGCGGCGGAAUCGCUGGACAUGCCGGGGACUUUCUCAGCGGCGGGAUUAAAGCCACGGACAAAUGCCCAGAUGUGGCCUCCGGGUCAACCUGUGGUCCUCAGGAAUGCGGGAGCAGCCGGGACAGCCCGUGCGCGGAGGAGGGGGAGCACGCGGGACACAAAACCUGCAGGGCCCCCACGCCGGGGAACACUAAGAAAGCCCGAGUCUCCAGGACGCACGCGAAACAAAACGUGCCCAGAGUCAACAAGGCUUCCCUUCCCUCCUUCUCCUCCUCCUCGUCCUCAUCCUCCUCCUCCUCCUCCUCUUCUUCUUCUUCGCGUACCGCCGGCUGCGAGGAUUCACCCACGGAGGAUUUACCGAGCAGACGCAAACGCCUCACCACCGUAGCAUCGCCUGUGAAAACGCCUUUCAGCCUGAUGGCCAACUUCCCCUCCCCGCCGUCGUUGGUGGUGGGCAGCGACGGGGAUCUGUGCCCGGCCUACUCCCUCACCUCGCUGAGGAGCUCCGGGCCUCCCCCUCCGUUCCACCCCGUGUGGAAGUGGCAGCCGGGCGGCCACAUCCUCCCUCCCCCACUGCACGCUCAGAGGACUCGGAAAUACUGA